GGCUUUCGGAACGACAGGAGACCUAAGUUCAGUUGCUAACGCUGCUUAGGGUUCGGCUUUACUCUCAUAAUGGCAGAUUGCACAUUUAUGCUGACUCAAAUUCUGUUCAUCUCCUGGUUUUUGAUGGCGCAUUGCUCACAACCCAACUGUGCAUCUGUGGAAGACUUUAAAGAUUGCCUAGGAAACACAACAGGUUUCUGCCCAAAGUCUAUUGCUUGUGCAUGCAAGGAUGGCAAGCCUUUCUGCAAAUGUCCAAAUUUCAGAGGCCAGUGGGGAGACUACUGGUACAUGGGAGAGAAAUGUGAACAACUCUGGAACACUCUGGACCUGAUUUUAGUAGCAACAUUGCCUGGAAUAGCACUGGCUAUAAUCGUUGGUGUGGCAAUCCAGGUUAUCCAUUACUGUAAAGGGAAGUCAAAGAAGCAUGGAGAUCAUAACAGAGUGGAGAGGAGUAUGUCAGAACUUCGACCUCAGCAUAAUUCUGCAUAUGGUUUUGGUACUGAUAGAAAUCUUCCUCAACCUAAUCAAGGAGAGAAUCCACGGAGUUUAUUCCACCGGGAAGCCUUUCCUGGAACUUCAUUUGCUCCAUCAUCACAAUUAUCCAGAACAAAUUCCAACUUAAUUGCUCAAGAAUGCAAAGAAGGCAAUCUUUACGACUAUUCAGAUCUUAACUGGAAUGGCUCUCCAGGACCAAGUAAUCCUGCAGUAAACUACGAAAACAAUCGUUCACCAUCCAUGUACAUGAAGCCAAGCUUUGAUUUUUCCACAACUGGGGUCCCAAGAGCAGCGUAUCCUCCAAAAGAAACUAAAUAUUCAAUUUAUGAAGGAUCAGAAACUCCUUACAAAAUUGGUCGUGCAAACAUGAGAUCCAACUACUAAUUUCCUCACGGAAAAAAAUAAAUGUGUGUAAGCCUACAUACACCAAUCAUGUUAUAUACCAAAAAACUACAAAUAUGAUUUCCAUGGUCCAAUACUUUGUUUUUCUUAUAAUUAUGAUAAUUGUUUUCUUUAGGUUUUGGAUUUUUUUCUUUGCUAGCCCCUCUUGAUGACUGUAAUGCAAAACUUUUAUUUCUUCUAUCCAAUUCCAUUAACUCAUCAGAUGAAGAUAUUCAUUAUCUCCAAAAUUUGACACAAUAUCUGUGUAUUUAUUGAUUGGAUUCUUUAGUAUGUUUAGUGAAAUGAAAUAAAAAAUAAGUUUCAAACAAACUGUUUAUAAAAAUAAUAAUAAAAGAAACCGGUGAGUAAAGGCA